AUGCGGCAGAAAAGUGGAAGAGAUUCAAGACGACCUGGUGAAUGUGUGCUUUAUGAUGGUGCUACACCAGAAGAUCAUUCUCACAACUACUUGCUCUGUUUCUUUAUACUGCUGAUCUUUGCCAUUAUUUUUGGGAAUGUAUUGGUGUGCCUUGCAGUGCUGAAAGAAAAUCUUUACAAAACAACUACAAACUACCUUGUUGUCAGCUUAGCAGUAGCAGACCUGCUAGUUGCAACUUUGGUGAUGCCAUGGGUCGUUGUACCUGGAGGGGUAUGGAGAUUCAGUCGAACAAGCUGCAACAUCUUUGUGACACUGGAUGUUAUGAUGUGCACUGCCAAGUAUUUGAACCUCUGUGCUAUCAGCAUGACAGGUACACUGUCUGUAGUGAUGCCCAUCCAAUAUAAUACAAAUGCCAGCUCCAGGAGACGGGUGACUGUAAUGAUCAUUGCUGUGUGGAUAUUAUCAUUAGCAGUGUCUUGUCCUCUCUUGUUUGGUUUCAAUACAACAGAUGACCCCAGGUUAUGUUCUAUAUCCAAUCCAGAUUUUGUUGUGUAUUCAUCCAUUGUAUCCUUCUACUUGCCGUUUUUUAUUACACUGCUGGUGUAUAUACGUAUUUACAUUGUAUUGAAGAAGAGGAGGAAACGCAUCACUUUAAGACAAAACAGUGCUACAAAGGCUACAGAAAAUGUCACACAGAGUCAGGAAAUGAAAGAAAAAUUUCCUGGAAGAUUACAUUCAUUUGCUUGUUUGAAAUUUAGCAAGCAAACGGGUCUAUCUCCAAAAAACGAGCUGCUUUCCCCGAUCAAAAUUGCAAAUUACUGUAGCAUAAGCCAGGCUUUGUUUACAAAAUCAGAGAAUGGGAUUGAAGAAUCAGAGAGAAAGAGCGUUUGUGCAGCGAAGCAUGCGUCCGAAGUGAAAAACCUGCCCAGUGGAAAAACCGCAACUUCCCUAAGACCCAUAUUAAAACGUAGGAACCUGCAGAUGAGAGAGAGAAAAGCAACUCGGAUGUUGGUUGUUGUGCUGGGUAUAUUCCUCAUUUGCUGGCUGCCAUUUUUUAUCACACACAUUCUGAACACCCACUGCAAGCAAUGCCAUGUGUCACCAGAACUCUACAGUGCUACCACCUGGCUUGGAUAUGUCAACAGUGCAAUAAAUCCCAUCAUCUACACUACCUUCAACACUGAGUUCAGGAGAGCAUUCCUCAGGAUCUUAGCUUGCUGA